UCACGGUCUUGGAAUCCAGAACGCUACGACUAUGAGGAAAUUGAAGUGGACGAAUUUGAUCAAGAAAUUGUUGCAUCUGAGGGUAGGGCCAUGCACAUUGCGCUGCCUGUUGCCGAGCCAUAUACGGAUCCAUUCCAGGACAGAGUAUGCGAAUAUGAACAGGAAUCCUCAGAAAUGGAAUAUGCAGAUCCGCGGAGAAGUGGCGUUCGGAUAACGGUGCAAGAUCCUGCUGUUUACGGAAGACAAGGAAGUUUAUACGAUGGGAAAGAUUUAUGUAGGCGCCAGAUCGACUCGAAACAACGGCAACUAGUCGCGAGGCAUCAAUUCAAUGUCCAUCUAAAGCCUAACAAUGAGGUAAGUCAAAAGUGUUUGGAACUUUGGGCUGAUCGGCGAAGUCUUGAAGUGCAGCAAGCCCAGCAACAGUCUUCAACCGAACAGUCUGCAUCAACUUCAUUUGAAUCGAAUACCGAACCAAUUCCAUGCGAUCCGCUGGAUUCGAGAAGGCGUUCGGGUUUUCUGGAGUUACCACAAACUGCCGUUAGCAAACGACAGAAGUACAAGAACCUGCUGCUGCAUCGUAAGAGCGAUCGGGAUCGGCAUACGCCAGUGCAAGUACACGGCAAUUCUCUGGAUAGUGCACUAUCGACCGAUUCGAAUGUAUCGAUGGUUGUUAACAUUGGAACUUUCUCCACCGACUCCAAUAGAUCCGAUCAAACUGAAAUCGGCACUGGCGCAGAAUUUACGUCACAAAGCGGCUCCAGCGAGUCGAGAAAUGAGCCACGACCGAGCCAGCCAAUCGAAGCGCAGCCUUAUGCCUACUUCAACCCGGUGGCAUCGCGGUCUCAGGUUCCAGGGCUUUCAUGCACCACAGCUGCUCGCCAAACGAAAUUUGACUGCCUUCGUCGCGAUUACAGUAUUGAUUCGCAAACAGACCGCCUCUUCCAGGAAUUUAUUCGUGUCGAUCCUCGUUUUGAGACACACAGUUGGAACAAUAGAAGGCGGAGUGGAGGCAGUAGGCGGAACACGGCGUCACGUUUGAAUGGCUUCCCAAAGAAACAUCGGACACUGGACAUCGAUGAAAUGCGUGACAGUAAUAGAAUGCCCAUCCCACUCAUUUAUUUCUCCGAGGACUUGCCCAUAUUGCAAAAUGAUUUUUAA